UCCAAAGUAUCAUCCUAACUGGUCGAGAUGUUCAUCGAAACCUUCCUCUUGCUAUUGGCGCUCAAUUCCCUGUCCGCAGGACGAGAAAGCCGACCGGAAGGACGCGUUCUCGGCGGAAAACCCAUUGAAAUCGAACAGGCACCCUGGCAGGUGUCCUUACACCAUAGAGGCAACUUUAAAUGUGGUGGCUCCAUUUAUAGCGAAAACAUCAUAAUUACUGCGGCCCAUUGCUUUUUCACUGGAACCGAACGAGUAGAUGACCAAGGACAUCAAGUUCGCAUAGGAUCCGCCUUAAAAUACUCAAACGGAAGUCUUGUCGAAGUGGACGUUAUAAAAAUCCAUGAAAAUUUUAAUGUCGUCAACGACAUCGCCAUUGUGCGGCUAAAUAAGCCACUUGUGUUCACAAACAAAGUUCAGCCCAUUCCUUUGGCCAAGAAGAAUCCUUUUCCUGGAUCGAUUGCCUUCGUCUCUGGCUGGGGAAUCUCUAACUAUCCUACGCUUGAACAUCCUGAACAUCCUGAACAUCUUCAAGGACUAAACCUUCCCAUUCAAAGCUCUAAUAAUCCAUCGCUGUUAUGGGCAGGAAAUACUGGAAGGGCGGCUUGUCGUGGGGACUCCGGAGGACCGUUGGUGGCUAACAAACAACUUGUGGGAGUUGUCUCCGGUGGUUCAGAAUAUUGCGAAAAGAGUUCAUACUACUCAAGUGUCCCGUAUUUCCAUGAAUGGAUAUUAACUGCUAUUGCCUCAAUUAAGUAA